AUGCCUGGCGAUGAUGGCCUGGCCCAGAUGCGCCUGGGAUUUCGAAAGGCCCUGGCACGGCGGCUCUUCGAACUUGAAGGCGCUGGUGGCAGGUACAGCCCAGAGGAGCGGUCUGCCUUUGAGAAUGGCUACCGUGCAGCGGUGCAAGAUGUACUGGUGAUGGUUGGUGCUGGUCUCGCUGGGAUGGCCUUCCUCACGGUGUGCCUUUCCCCAAGCCUCUAUCAGAAGGUGCGCGAGAUGGUGCGGCCUUGGGUGGUGCGCCAGGUGGAGUCCCGACCCUGGGCGCUGUCCCGACCAAGCGCUCUUUCGCUCCGCCGGAGUGACCAAGACGGUGUUGCUCCAACAGCUUAG